AUGCGUUCUACCAUCCUCACCGCGGCACUGGCUGCCAUCGUUCCCCUGGCCUCGGCCGCUGACGCCGUCAAGGGCGCCGCUGAGGGUUUCGCCAAGGGCGUUACCGGCGGUGGAUCUGCCACUCCCGUCUACCCUUCGACUACCGCAGAGCUUGCCUCUUACCUCAAGGACUCUUCGGCCCGUGUUAUCGUCCUGACCAAGACCUUCGACUUCACCGGCACCGAGGGCACCGCCUCCGAGACGGGCUGCGCGCCCUACGGCACUGGAUCUGCCUGCCAGGUUGCCAUUAACAAGGACAACUGGUGCACCAACUACCAGCCUAACGCUCCCAAGGCACGUAUUUUCUCAUUCGAUAUCCGUACAUUCUCUCCCCAAUCGGCCGAUGGUGGAUCUUGGAAUACCGUCCGGGGCCGCCGGGAUGCUGGACGGCCUCGCACGUACCACCGGAUCCGGGCUUCGGACCAAGCGGUCUCUGUCAAGUACGACAAGGCCCCCUUCAACCCUCUCAUCGUUGGCUCCAACAAGUCCCUCAUCGGACAGGGCUCCAAGGGUGUCAUCAAGGGCAAGGGUCUUCGCAUUACCAACUCUGCGAAGAACGUCAUCAUUCAGAACGUCCACAUCACGAACCUGAACCCUCAGUACGUCUGGGGAGGUGAUGCCAUCUCUCUGGACGGCACCGACCUCGUCUGGAUCGACCACGUCAAGACCUCCCUCAUCGGCCGUCAGCACAUCGUCCUCGGCAACGGCGCCUCCAACCGCGUCACCAUCUCCAACAACGAGAUUGACGGUUCCACCUCCUGGUCUGCCACCUGCGACAACCACCACUACUGGGGUAUCUACCUGACCGGUAGCAACGACAUGGUCACCGUCAAGGGCAACUACAUUCACCACACCAGCGGCCGCGCCCCCAAGAUUGCCGGCAACACUCUGGCUCACGUUGUCAACAACUACUUCUACGACAACACCGGCCACGCUAUGGAGGCUGACGCCGGAGCCAAGGUCGUCCUCGAGGGCAACGUCUUCCAGAACGUCAAGGCCGCCAUGCAGACCGGUCUCGCCGGCAAGGUCUUCUCCAGCCCCGACUCCAACACCAACGCCGCCUGCUCCUCCGGUCUCGGCCACGCCUGCCAGCUCAACGCCUACGGCAGCUCCGGCUCCCUCACCGGCUCCGACACCAGCAUCCUGUCCAGCUUCUCCGGCAAGAACGUUGCUGCUGCCGGCACCGCCAACGACGCCAAGGCUGCCUCCACCAACGCUGGCUUCGGCAAGAUCUAA